AUGGCAGAUAAGAAUAAGCUUUUACCCUGGCCGUUACUACCAUAUUCGGCUAGCCUUUUAAAUCACGUCUGGUACAGUCAGCUCGCAUUAAAUACUAGGCUACUGGAAAGUAUGAAAAUGCCAGCUAGAACUUCUGGUUUUGCCAUCAGCGACAUUUUGGAAUUGAACGAUGCAAAACCGUCGCAAGAUGAACCAGAUGUGCAAGGUACCACGACGGUUUUACCGUCGGCUACCGACAUGCCGUCGGCUUACCAACAAUUUCUGGAGCACACAACCGCCAUGCUACAACCUAUGCACGCUAAUCUAAACAGGGGUACGCUGCCACCGCCUCCACCUGGAUUAUUAGGAUGGACAACUGGACCGGCAUUACCAACAACGUUACCUCAACCCUUGGAGGAGGUGAAUGUUCUUCAACAACCGGACUCGACGAGCCCGGCGAUCUCGGACAUGUCGUUCCCGUCACAACAGGAGAACAGUCAUGAGUCAUCGAAGGACGAAGAGUCGCAGGAUUUCGAGGACGAGCAACAGACUGGCAACGAGACGUCGCAGCCUCACGAGACCGAGCACAAGAAACGCAAGCGACGCGUACUAUUUUCCAAGGCGCAGACUUACGAGCUAGAGCGACGUUUCCGUCAACAGCGUUAUUUGAGCGCGCCCGAGCGAGAGCACUUGGCCUCUAUCAUUCGCCUCACGCCGACGCAGGUGAAAAUCUGGUUCCAAAAUCACAGGUACAAGACGAAGAGGGCGGCGAGUGAACGUGUGGAAGCCGGCGGCAGCGGCUGCUCGCCCAGAAGAGUCGCCGUGCCAGUGCUGGUGAGAGAUGGCAAACCUUGCCAAUCCAAGCUGAUGGAACCUACUGCAUAUCCCGGAAGCGGCCAGGUCCCUAUGGCGCCAUAUAUACCACAAAAAUAUUGGUGGUAA